AGGCUAUUAAUGCAGCUGGCGGAAUGAUGAAUAGUGUAGCAGGGAUAUUCUCUUCCCCCAAGGGAACUGGGGCAGGUAUUCUCCAAGCUGGCACGCUCUCAGGAAAAGGAAGUCUAACUGUGCAAGGAUCUGCAUCUUCCCCCAAAGGAAACGAAAAGGGAGGUUCCUUACUAGAACAGUCUAUUAAUGCAGCUGGCGGGAUGAUGAAUAGUGUAGCAGGCAUGCUGUCUCCCCGCAAGGGUACUGGAGCAGAUAGUCUCCAAGCCAGCCAGCCCUCGGGAAAAGGAAGUCUAAAUGUACAAAGAUCUGUAUCUUCACCUAAAGGAAACGGAAAGGGAGAUUCCUUACUAGAACAGUCUAUUAAUGCUGCUGGCGGGAUGAUGAAUGGUGUAGCAGGAACGUUCUCUCCCCACAAGAGUACUGGAGCGGGUAGUCUCCAAGCCGGCCAGAUCUCUGGAAAAGGAAGUCUAAAUGUACAAGGAUCUGUAUCUUCCCCGAAAGGAAAUGGAAGGGGAGGUUCCUUACUAGAAAAGUCUAUUAAUGUAGCUGGCGGAAUGAUGAAUAGUGUAGCAGGAAUGUUCUCUUCUGCAACAGGGGCAGGAAAGGGAAAUGGUUUGUUCCCUCAAUCCAGCUCUAGCUCAGGGACAAAUACGGGCAAAAUCUCAGGCAGUGUAUCUUCCCCGAGGGGCAGUCGACAAGGCAAGGCCUCAGGAGUCAAUCUCCCCCGUUUCUCACGUCGGAAGCUUCUUAGUUUGGAUCUAAAUCUCCAAAAUGAAGAAGCAGGCAUUUUGCCUGGUGCUUCCCUGAAUUCACCUGGGCUUCCUAAUGACCUUCUGGGCCCUGCAUCUUCUUCACCUGCGAGCGGCCAAGAAACUGCAAACCUCCCUCCUUCCGUCAUAGUCCGUGUCCAGAAGGGAAGCAAUAACCAAGCUCUCGAGCAGCUCAAAUCAGAAGGCGGCAAGAUCCAAUUCAUCCCACUGGGACCUCCAGAAUCCUCCGGCGAUGCUCUCCUGUACCGAUACACAGCCAAGGUGACCCAUGAAGAUGGAAGCCACACCAUCCUCAACAGCGCACCCCUCUCCCUUCCCCCAAAGCAAAGCUCCCCCAUGGACAUGACUCUGAGCCCCAGCAUCCUCAGCGCACUGAUGCCAGACAUCAAAGCCAGCAGUCUUUCCGCAAAAUUGUUCGGCAACAGCGUCCUGCCAGGAGAUCUACAUUCCCUGCUCCCUAAGGACCCGUCAGGAAACGAAAUGAAAGCCAUGAUAUCCCGAAUCAGGCGACCAACUGUUUACACCCCAGCUUUAGCGAUCGCGGUUCGAAUAUGCGUCACCUCGGAAGGAAAAUGCAUCGGCAACUUAGCUUCCAUGAACAUGGAAAUUCCCGUGAAAGUUAAUUUGGAAGUUUCCGGAGACAAGGUGUUCUUCAAGAUUUCUCAGCCCAGGACUGAAGACAUAUCCAUGUCCUCUCCAGUGGCUGGCAUUGAUCUGGACCAAUACAAAGCAUGGAGUGCUGCAAGCAUGGGAAAAGCCAUCGAUAUUAUAAAUGAAAUGUCUGAAGAGCAGGCGCUCACACUGCCGAUACUGCAACACAUGAAGAACCCGGUUGUGCACGUUUCCCCGGACGCGGUGCACAUCCAAGAGAAGGCGUGAGCAGAAGAACCACGGCCACUUUGCCGGCAGGACUCUGAAUCAUGUCGAAUUGCUGCUGCUUUUUGCUUCUGACCCUGGAGCUCUUCCUCCUUCCUCCUCCCCCUCCCCUUCAACCUGCAACUGAGACUAGAAAUGGCAUUUUUGGAUGCACAAUCCACCCCUGGACUCUUUCAAUCUAUCAUUGAAAGGCGGAACAGAAACGCUAUAAAUAAUUGCAGGAUCUGAUGGACAUGCUUCCCAACUGCGCUGCUGCUUCGAAUGCAUAUGUCUGGCAAAAUUAAUAAAUCAUGCAUUGGAUAAAA